AUGCCGCCCACGCUCAGGUACCGCCAGCGCCGGGUGAAGCAAUUCAUCCGCAACGUGCGUGCGGCCAAGACGAUUGCCGACGAACGAGCCGUCAUCCAGAAAGAGAGCGCCGCGAUCAGAGCCAGCUUCCGCGAGGAGGGCCACGACCAUAGCAUACGGCGUAACAAUGUCGCGAAGCUGCUCUACCUCUUCACCCUGGGCGAGCGAACCCACUUCGGCCAGGUCGAAUGCCUGAAGCUCCUUGCAUCCCCACGAUUUGCCGACAAGCGCCUUGGCCAUCUCGCUACGAGCUUGCUGCUGGACGAGAAGCAGGAGGUCUUGACGCUGGUGACCAACUCAUUGAAGAACGAUCUGAGCCACUCGAACCAAUAUGUCGUCGGACUCGCCCUUUGCACCCUCGGAAACAUUGCGUCCGAUGAGAUGUCGAGAGACCUGUUCCCGGAAAUCGAAAACCUCAUCUCCACCGCGAAUCCCUACAUCAGGCGAAAGGCUGCCCUUUGCGCCAUGCGGAUAUGUCGCAAGGUUCCCGACCUCCAGGAGCACUUUGUCGAAAAAGCCACGGCACUCCUCUCCGAUCGAAACCACGGCGUUCUCCUUUGCGGACUGACUCUGGUCACGAGCCUGUGCGAGGCGGACGAGGAAGAAGGCGGCGAGGAGGGCAUGGUUGAGAAGUUCAGGGCGUUCGUACCCGGGCUCGUCAAGACGUUAAAGGGCCUUUCGACGUCGGGGUACGCCCCGGAGCACGAUGUCACUGGCAUCACCGACCCCUUCUUGCAGGUCAAGCUUCUGCGGCUGCUGAGGGUGCUGGCUGUGGGGGACGCCCACACGAGCGAGCAGAUUAACGAUAUUCUGGCGCAGGUGGCGACCAAUACCGACUCUUCUAAAAACGUUGGGAACUCGAUUCUCUACGAGGCCGUGCUUACGAUCCUGGAUAUCGAGGCCGACUCUGGGCUGAGAGUCCUGGGUGUGAAUAUACUGGGCAAGUUCCUCACCAACCGAGACAACAACGUCCGUUACGUCGCGCUCAACACUCUCAUCAAGGUGGUCGCCAUCGAGCCGAAUGCGGUCCAGAGGCACCGAAACACCAUCCUGGAAUGUCUCAGGGAUCCCGACAUCAGCAUCCGGAGGAGGGCUCUCGAUCUGAGCUUUACGCUCAUCAACGAAUCCAACGUGCGGGUGCUCAUCAGGGAGCUGUUGGCCUUUUUGGAAGUGGCAGACAACGAGUUCAAGCCCACCAUGACCAGCCAGAUUGGCAUCGCCGCCGACAAAUACGCCCCGAACAAGCGGUGGCACUUUGACACGAUGCUGCGCGUCUUGUCGCUGGCGGGCAACUACGUCAAGGAGCAGAUCCUCUCGUCAUUCGUCCGCCUCAUCGCCACCACCCCCGAGCUCCAGACCUAUGCCGUGCAGAAGCUCUACACCAACCUCAAGAAAGACAUUACGCAAGAGAGCUUGACGCAAGCUGGCGCUUGGUGCAUUGGCGAGUAUGGUGACGCGCUGCUCAAGGGUGGCCAGUACGAGGAGGAGGAGCUUGUCCAGGAGGUCAAGGAAAGCGACGUUGUCGACCUGUUCUCCCUCAUUCUCAACAGCAGCUAUGCCACGCAGGUCACCACUGAGUACAUCAUCACAGCCCUCAUGAAGCUCAGCACGCGCUUCUCCGACGCUGCUCCGGUAGAAAAGAUACGGCGCAUCCUGCAGAUGCACCAGACCAGCCUGGACGUGGAGGUGCAGCAGCGAGCUGUCGAGUACGGCAACCUGUUUGCAUUUGACCAGGUCCGCCGAGGAGUGCUGGAGAAGAUGCCGCCUCCCCAGAUCAAGGAGGAGUCCAGGGUGCUGGGCCGGGCUCCCUCAAAGAAGGCCAAGAACGCGAACCGGAAAUCCAAAAUCAUCAAGCCUACCGAGCAAGACCUUUUGGAUAUCAUGGAUACACCGGCCACCGUGGCUGCGCCAACCAACGGAUCCCAGGCGACAAACUCGGAUCUUCUGGCCGACAUUCUGGGUGGUUCAUCGGCGGCACCCACGUCUGCCUCCCCUGGGCCGCAGCAGUCCAACAUCUCGUCCAUCAUGGACCUCUUUGGCCCCGGGCCGGCCACCCAAGGCGCGCCCGCAUCAGCACCUCCGUCGGCAGGCCUCGACAUCAUGUCUCCUGUCGCAUCUCCGUCACCCCAGCAGCAGCAACAACCGCCAGCACCCCCAGGCCAGGCAAUUCCCUGCUACAAUGCCAAUGAUCUCAACGUGACUUUCACAGUCCAGCGCAACGCGGAGGGACUAAUCCAAGCCGUGGCUCGAUUCCAGAACACUUCCACGUCGACACCGCUCUCUGGCGUCGGAUUGCAGGCUGCCGUUCCAAAGUCUCAGAAGCUGCAGCUGCUGCCCAUUUCAUCCCCGGAGCUUGGACCUGGGGCAGAGACUACUCAGAUGAUGAGAGUAGCUGGUUGCAAAGGGCCUCUGCGAUUGCGACUACGCAUCACUUUUACUCACCCUGCAAGAGGGCAAGUAGUGGACCAAGUGAACUGGUCGGAGCAGUCGUAG